AUGUACGACCAGUUAAGCACGUUACCCGUCGAAUUAAUUCAUAAAAUUCUAGAUUAUGUUCCAACGUUCGAUAUUCUUACGUCUGUAUGGCUCAUUAAUAAACGCCUUCGCACUGUCUCUCUGGCUUAUCCUCGAUUUCGACUUGAACUCACUUGUUCAUUUGAUAAGAAGAAAAUUUUUUAUCAACUUUGUACUCAACUAGUGAAUAUAUCGUCCCAAGUCGUUUCGUUGGCAUUGUAUGAUCUAGAAGAUGAAACGAUUCCUGACAAAAUCUCUUAUUUCUUCGGACGAUCUAAUACAUUUAACAGUACGUUUUCACACUUGCAAUCGUUGCAUCUUAGUCAUGUUAACUAUAAUGUUUGGGACUCUAUCAAAACUCAAUUGGUAUCACUCGUUGCUCUAACGGCGACCUCAACCAAUUACGGCAUUUAUGAGGAACCUCAAACGCCAUCGUUUGCGUCAAUUAUUCUAAUGGAUCUCUUCAAUUUUUCGCCUUCACUUAAACGUCUUUCUCUUGCUACAAUCGAUUAUCCAUAUCCUAUAGCUACUAUUGAUCCAAGUCGUACAUUAACAGCAUCUUCGUUGGAGUAUGCAGAUCUAAGCUGUAUUGAAAUUGAUUUGAAAUCGUUGUUUUCAAUAACACCAGCGUUGCAUUCUUUCACUUCCACAGUUGACUAUAAUAUUCUUAUUAGUAACAUUCAUGAACAUUCUUCCGUAAAUUUACAACGAUUAUCAAUUACUUUUGACGGUGUCACAUUUAACAUAAUCGAAUGUUUGCUUUCUUCGAUGAAUUGUUUAGCUCAUUUUACACUUGUUGCCGAAAAGGUACACUGA